AUGUGCCCUCGUUGUGGAGAUUUGGAAUAUAUCUCUCACAUUCUCUUCCACUGCCCCUUUGCAACCGAAGUCUGGGAUCUCGGACCAUGGGAAUACAAGUUGGACACUUCGCCGCAAACUUCGUUCUUCGACAAGCUACAAUACUCCAUGACCCAAGCUCCUCUACCCCCGUUUGGAUUUACAGGUAAUGCUCUCCCGUGGAUCUGCUGGACCUUAUGGACCUUAAGGAAUCAACUCAUGUUUGAAAACCGGCACCAAUCAGCAAUAGAAGUAUUUACAAGAGCCCUAGGAGCCCUCAAAGAAUGGGAAUCGGCGCAACCAAUCAAACAAAACCCAAAUCCUAAAAGCUUACCCAUCACUCGUGAUGCUGUCGGUUACCCUUUCGAAAUCAUAUGUAACACAGACGCUUCGUGGAAGGGAGGAACCCGAUCGGCGGGAUUGGCCUGGAUCUUCAUUGAUUUCGCCUCGGAAUAG